AUGUUGUCCUUGGCUAACGCUCAGUCCCUUCUGGCCGGUGUCGUGGCGGCAGCUUUCAGCACUCUCUGCCUCACUUCCAUCUUCUCCAGCAAGGGUCAGGACGAAGCCCCGGGCUUACUCAAGUCUUUCUUCCUCUUCUUUUACUCCUCCUUCCUUAAACCCCACCAGGGCGACUCAAAGGGCAACCAGCAGGAUGCCCUCGAGAGCUUCUACAAGAAGCAGGCCGGGGCUUAUGAUGCUACCCGAAAGGUGCUCCUCCGCGGCCGCGAGGACAUGCUGGCGCUUGUCGCCGCUCAGCUUGAGGCCAAGCUGAAGGAUGCUGCUCCCAAGAGCGGCAAAAAGAACAAGCAAAUCUGGGUCGACAUUGGUGGCGGAACUGGCUUCAAUAUUGAGGCCAUGGCCGCGUUCGUCGACGUGCCCACCUUCUUCUCGAGCGUAUACCUCGUUGACUUUUCUCCCUCUCUUUGCGAGGUGGCUAGAAAGCGAUUUGAACGACUUGGUUGGAAGAAUGUCAAGGUCGUUUGUGAGGACGCUCGCAAGUUCCGUCUUGAGGACUACGAGUCUGGCAUGGCCUCCAAGCCUAUCCCUCCUCGCUCUCCGGCGUUGAGCUACUUUGAUAAGCCUCGCCCGGACUUUGGUGGAGCUGAUCUCAUCACCAUGUCUUACAGCUUGUCUAUGAUUCCUGACUACUAUUCGGUUAUCGACUCUGUGACCUCACUGCUGGCCCCCCAGGGCAUUCUGGGUGUCGUGGACUUUUAUGUGCAGAACAAGGUUGACUUUGCCUUCCGAAACUACACAGGUGGUCUCGUCGAUCGUCAUGUCAACUUCUUAUCGCGAAGCUUCUGGCGCUCUUGGUUCGAUCUUGACCGCGUUGGCCUCGAGCCCAGUCGCAGAGACUACCUCGAGUACAAGUUCGGCACCCUCCUCAACGUCAACACUCGCAACAACGGCCUGGGAGCUAUCCCCUACUACAUCUGGCUCGGAUGCCACAAGAAGCCCUUCUCGUCGUCCAGUCUUCCCCAUGAGAUUGUCGAGCGCAUCGAUGCUCUGGUCACUGAGUCCCCUUACCUGUACCCCGCCAACCAGGGAGAUGCUCUGACCCGAGCCAUUGAGCGAUCUGCUCCUGAGAUCCGUUCCAAGGCCUUCCUCACUGCUGUGCAGAACCUGUCUUCCAACCUCCCCCUCCCUUCUUUCUUCUACCAGAACCACCACUGGCGUAUCUACUAUGAUGACCAGCUGGCCAAGCACACGCAGUUCAAGGAUGAGUACAUCUAUGCCUUCACCUGGGAAGACACCCGUGUGGACGAGCGCCUCCUGAAGCUUGGUGCCGAUGACAAGGUUCUUGCUAUCACCUCGGCUGGAGACAACAUCCUGUCCUACCUGCUGCAGAGCCCUGCCAGAGUACACGCUGUUGACCUGAACCCCACACAAAACCACCUGCUCGAGCUCAAGGCCGCAUCUUACACUGCACUGCCUUACGAGGAUUUCUGGAAGAUCUUUGGUGACGGCAAGCACCCUCACUUCCGCAAGCUCCUUAUCACCAAGCUGUCCCCUCACCUUUCUGGCCGUGCUUUCCAGUAUUGGUUGAAGAAUGUUCAUGUCUUCCAGAACAGCAGUGGUUAUGGUCUGUACGACACCGGUGGCUCGCGUCACGCCAUUCGUGUCUUCCGCUGGAUUGCCCGCAUCUUUGGACUGCAAAAGGCUGUCAAGCAGCUCCUCGAGGCCAAGACCCUCAAUGAGCAGCGAGAGAUCUGGCGCAGAAAGAUUCGCCCUGCCCUUCUGUCUAAGCUAGUCUGCAACCUGGUUGUCUCUCAGGAGAGCUUCCUCUGGGCUGCUCUCGGUGUCCCCAAGAACCAACUGGCCAUGAUCGAAGCUGACCACGCUGAAUCUGACCUGGUCAAGGGACCCAAGCCCCGUGCCAAGAACACUCGCUCCCACGCUAUCUGGCACUACAUGGUCAACACGCUUGACCCUGUUGCUGAGGAGACUCACAUCGCCGCCGAUAACCCUUACUACUAUGUCUGCAUGGAUGGCAAGUUCUCGCCCAAGUGCCACCCCGACUACCUCAGCCCCAAGGCGCAUGCCAAGCUCUCACGUCCCAAUGCUCUCGAUGGUCUCCGCAUCCACACCGAUGAGCUUGAGGAGGUUAUUGCCCGCAUCACACCUGGUACGCUGACUGUUGCCGUCGUCAUGGACAGCAUGGACUGGUUCGACACUGGCUCUCGUGCUGCCGCCCAACAGAUCACCAAGCUCAACCGGGCGCUUCAGAUGGGCGGCCGUGUGCUCCUGCGCUCUUCGGCCCUGACCCCCUGGUACAUCAAGGAGUUUGAGGCUCAUGGUUUCACGCCCAAGAGACACGGGGCCCGAACUGACGGUGCCUGCAUCGAUCGUGUGAACAUGUAUGCCAGCUGCUGGAUCUGCACCAAGUCCGAGAACCUUCCUCCUCCUACUCCAGAGAUGGACAGGGCCGGAGGCUCUGAGAUUACUUCUCUGACUAUUUGA